AUGCACCUGCCAGUGCUCUUGCUUGCAGCCUGCGCGACGGCGCUGCAGAUCCCGAGGCGGCCAUUCCAGAGACGCUGCGCGCAGUGUACACCGGCGCGACCACUGCACCUCGGUCAGCGCGCCGGCGUAUCGCGAGACGUCGCGCGGCACGCGUGGGGCGGCGGCGGCCGUGGCGGCUUCCCGCCGCCGCGGCCGCCGGGCGGCGGGUUUAACCUCGGCGCGCUCCUGCCGAUCGCGCUGAUCAUCGCGUUCCCGGGCUUCUUCUUCGGACUGUUCAACACGUUCUUUCUAGCGGCCCUUAUUCUGCCGCCCUUGCUCUCGUUCGGCUUCAACUUCUGGAAGGAACGAAAUGUGAUCGAAGCGCCGUGUCCGCAGUGCGGCCAGCUCGCCGCCGGCCUCAAGGGCCAGGGCUUCACGCAGUGCUUCGUCUGCGGCUCGCAGCUGAGCCUGCGCGGCGACGAGUGGCGCCUCCGGUCCAAGUACGAGGACGGCCCGCAGGCCGGCGGGUCGAAGUACGGCAAGGUCGACAACGGCGUCAUCGACGUCGAGUCCGACGAGGUCAUCGACGUCUAGCGUAAAGUCGGCUUGCAUGUAGUCUUGAGCGCGCG